AUGGGCGACACCACCACGAAGACACUGUACUGUAUCCGCCACGGCGAGUCCACUUACAACGAAUGGCGCUCAAGAAGCCUUUGGAAUUUUUCGUGGUUGUGGGUGCGCGAUCCAAUGAUUGUUGAUGCACCGCUCAGUGCCAAGGGGAAGAAGCAGGUAGCAAUAUUACACGACUUGAUUAAAAGCAAACAAUUGGACGAAAAGAUUGAAUUGAUUAUUACGAGCCCAUUGACGAGGGCAAUUGAGACGACAAUUGGGGCGUUCCAAGACACAAAGAUCCCCAUUACAGUGGAACCUUUGUGUCGAGAAAUGCUCGACACUGCCUGUGACAUUGGUCGAAGACCUACAGACUUGGAGCAACAGUUUCUCUCUCAAGCAAAAAUCAACUUUUCCUUUCUAGACCAAUUUUGGUGGCUAGAGAUGGAAAAGUUUCCGCGAACGGGACCAAACAGUGCUCCGUUAACCAGUGUUGUGGCACCCAAGGUGGCAGACGAAGUGAUGAUACUGCGUGAAAGCAGGGAAGAGCUGGACGCACGGAUUUGGAAAUUUGUUGCCAAGUUGGCCGAGAGACCGGAGCAGCAUAUUGCUGUUGUUGGCCACUCUGCGUUCUUCAAGCGCAUGCUUGGAAUGAACCGUAAACUUAACAAUUGUGAGCUCCACGAAACCUUACUGGGAGAUAUUCAGAUUCACUAUUCGCAGUAA